AUAAAGCAUUUGGCGAUUCUGCCCGUUCCCCAAUGCGCACGCGUAAAGGAACCGGCUACUUUCAGUGGCGGCAAACGAGCGUCAAGCAUAGCGCGCGUCGCAUCACUGAGUGAACUAAUUCGCGGAUCGAAUAAAACUUUUUUUAACUAGAACGAUUCGGUUUUUAAAAGUCGAACCCGAUUUUUAAAGUGUGUGAGGAAUACAGUUUUUUUUUUUAUUUGUUGAAGUGUUCUUUUUAUGAAAUAUUGUUUUUUUUUUUUAAGUGAAGUGUUUUAUGUGAGGUUUUAGCUGUGUCGAGAUAGCUGUUUAUAGAGGUACACAAAGCUUCAUGGUGUGACACAGUUCCCGCUGGCCACCACACCCUCGAGAAUAGGAGAUUCUACGUUAACUAGAUCACUAUGGCAGUAACCACCUGAAGGCGAGCGGGCGAUGCGCCGCGCGGCGGCGAGCGCGCGCGGUGCGACGCGCCUAAUAUGCGCUCAUUGAAUGAAACAGCGUGCCAGGCGCUGUUGGAAGAUGUCAGAUGGGACGAACCCGUCAGCCUUGUCAGUUUAGCUAUACUGGCUCUUAUUGAUGUCCUUGUUAUCGCAGGUAACUGCCUAGUCAUAGCGGCAGUGUUGUGUUCGUCCAAGCUGCGCAGUGUCACGAAUCUGUUCAUCGUGUCGCUGGCCGUCGCUGAUCUAUUGGUCGGCGUCGCCGUACUGCCAUUCUCCGCUACCAGAGAAGUUUUUGAGGUAUGGAUAUUCGGAGACGUCUGGUGCUCAGUAUGGCUGGCUGUCGACGUGUGGAUGUGCACAGCUUCGAUCCUGAACCUGUGCGCCAUCUCCCUGGACCGCUACGUAGCUGUCACCAGACCUGUCAGCUAUCCUAGCAUCAUGAGUAGGAAAAGAGCUAAAGCCCUAAUUGCUGGUCUGUGGGUCUUGUCUUUCGUCAUCUGCUUCCCACCUCUAGUUGGGUGGAAGGAUAAAAAGCCUGAAGAAGCAGACAUGAAAGACGGUUGGGUGCCCAACCCCCCCUGUGAAUGGACCUGCGAGCUGACCAACGAUGCUGGUUACGUCGUCUACUCAGCCCUCGGGUCCUUCUACAUACCCAUGUUUGUCAUGCUGUUCUUCUAUUGGAGGAUAUACAAAGCUGCUGUCAGAACUACCAAAGCUAUUAAUCAGGGUUUUAGGACUACAAAAGCUUGUUCUCAAUUUGCAGGCAAAGGCAUGGGUAGUCGUUUCGACGACAACCGACUGACGCUCCGAAUACAUAGGGGUCGAGGGUCUAACCGGCCCCAUGGCUCUCCACUGUCAAAUGCUUCCAACCACUCAACUAGCACUUCUCUUAGCGCUUCUCCUGAAAGAUUACGAAGACAUUCAAGUGCAAGAAGAGCUCAUGAAAAAGUUAAGAUCUCCGUGAGUUACCCCUCAUCAGAGCAGAUCUGUCCUGCCCACGAGAACUCCAGGUCUUCAAGUAGAUCCCCCAGUCCUUCCCUCUAUGCUGUACAUUAUGAAAGAGAUGGGAGGGAGCUGACGGAAAGCAGGUUGAGGGUGCGACCUUCUCAUCAUUUGGCGCCAGGACCUUUGUAUGAUGAGUACGAUGAUAAGCCUAGAACUACCAGGAGGAUGGGGAAACGGAAUAUUAAGGCUCAGGUGAAACGUUUCCGCAUGGAAACCAAAGCUGCCAAGACCCUCGGCAUCAUCGUAGGAGGGUUCGUCUUCUGCUGGCUUCCAUUCUUCAGCGUGUACGUCGUGAGAGCGUUCUGUGGCGAGUGUGUCAGCCCUAUAGUCUUCUCAGUUCUCUUCUGGUUGGGGUACUGCAAUUCUGCUAUCAACCCGCUGAUUUAUGCGCUGUUUUCUAAGGACUUUAGAUUUGCAUUCAAACGCAUAAUCUGCAAGUGCUUCUGCGGCGGUGGAGGUCCGAGACGAGAGUCAGACGGCGAAGGCUCACGGCGGCAGAACAAUCGGCCCACUCACUCUCACUCUUUAGAAGAACAUGACGCUAACAACCAUACCACUACUACGACUACCACUGCUGCAGACAGGUGACGGCAAGCUAUGCGACGGCAGAACCCACAGUUCCAGUCAACCGUCGCGUGUGUAUAGCAAAUAUCUGAAAUAACGAUAUAAUAACCGUUAAUGUAACGCAAUACAGUCUAUGAAACCGUUUUUUAUCUGUAUAUUGUUACUAAACGCGUCCUACUGUAGAAAAGUCAAAAUAAUUGUUAGCAUUAAAUGUGUGUAUUGUUGUAACGUAUAAAUAACUUAGUUGUUUGAUCGUUAUAAUGUAAGGGAUAGCUUAAAAGAGCUAUUUAAAAAAUAUUAAUGUGUGUACUUCAGUGUAUGUUUUUUAAAAGUGAAUUUAUUUAUUGAAAAGACUGUCAGAACUUAAUUGUACCUAAUAUUAUGUAAUAAAUGAUGUCAAAUAACCAAUAUCUUGUUAUAAUGAGGAACUUUAAAAUAUUAAGUUAGGUAAAUAAGGUAGAUCUAAUUUGACUUAUGAGCGUGAACUUUAAAGGAUAUUGUAAUAUUCGUGUUUAUUUACGCUCUGAGUCGACUCUAGUAACUCCAAAAUUAAAACGCUUAUAACUGAUACAAUCUUAGUACCUACUUGUCCUAGUUAGUUUUUCCUCACUUUACUCUAAAGAGUACCUACCUAGUACAUUAUUGCCUAAUGCCUACGAAUAGACAUGUACCUACCUUUCCCAUAAGUAGUUAAGCUAGAGGCCCUUUAAGGCUAAUGAUUCGGACCCCUACAUUGAUCCCUUCAAACUAUUGAAUACCUAAUUAUUUAUGUCUCUGAAAAUCAAAUGACUUUGGCCAAGUCAAUUAUUGUAUCCAUGUUGUACUUGUUGCCCGUAACCAGUGAAGAAUAGACAGAAACAAAAUCUUGGUCAAGGCAUUUUUAGUUCUUCAAAAAUACCUUACCCUUCUUCAAUUCUGAUCAUUCAUCAAUCUAUUUUAAGCUGUUCAGACUACAAAUACAAUAAAAGUUAAUUGUAUUACCCUUAAACAAAGAGGUUAUUUAAACAGGAUCAAUAUUAUGUAAUGCCUUAUUGACAAAGAAAAACAGGUUUUGUUAUAAAAUAUUUAAUAGACAUAGGCAUAUGCAAGUAAGCAAUAUUCGAUCUAAUACUAAUAUUCAAAGUAAGUCAAUAUACUAAGCUGUACUUGUAGUUUGAAAACUUACCAUAUAUCGGUGGUCGACAGUGCCUGUUUUUUGUAAGUAAACUGUAUCUUUGGACUUAUACUAUACUGUGAAAUAAAAGAAAAUAUAAAUCAAAGAUUACUUAUAUAAGGCAAAUGUACAAAACUUCUAGAGAGAUUACAUAGGAUAGGCUGAUCGAGUUAGUAACUCAUUCGGCUUUUCAACUAGUAUACCUUAGUCAGUCAUAACUAAUCAUAUAAAUGCGGAAGUUGGUCAUGCUUUCAGUUGGACAGCUUACCUGGAGAUAAAAAUGUAGAAACAAUCUUAGGGCGUAAAACAGUUCCCAAAAAACGCAUGAAAAAGCCGCCAGAGCGGGAAAAGCCUAGUCUUCAUAUAAAAUUUCUCAUUCUACUAACUAAUGACUUGCCUACCAACUUACGAUUAGUAUAAACGGGUAUUUAAAUCGUGGAAAGUAUUAAUAAAUAAAUAAAGAUCUCAACGUUCCUCAAGUUUAUUCGAUUGUGUAUUCGAUGUUUUAACAUUAUAUUCGUUAGGCGAGAGUUGUAUGUUUAUGUGUGAGCGAUAUCAACAUUACUAUGAAUUAAUAUAUGAGAUGUUACCUA